GAUGGUAAGUACUAUGAUUUUAAUCUGUAAUCUUAAAUUUUUGAACAAGAUCUUUUUUUUCUUAGUGGCUUCUUUUUAAAUGGUCCUUCAGGUGGAACACAAUUGUAUUCUUUUUCUGGUAUACAAGUAACGAAGCUGAAAUAAAACUGUGAGUUCUCUUCUACACCUAAAUUGUGAUAGUUCAAUGUUCAUUCUCACCCUGCUCCUUAUCUGACUUUUAAACUCUUGAAAUCUAAUCCCCUAAUUUUUACCGGAAAGGUAGUUCCUUUUUAUGAUGGACUGUGGUUUCUGCCGUUAAGAAAGCAAUUUAGAAUCCUGGGGAUUCUCCUGGAAUCUGGAAGAAGUCACCGAAAUGGUAAAGCAGGCAGGAGGCUGGGUUGGAAAAAAAAUGCCUUCUGCAUAAAUCUAGUUAGUCUGAGUCGUUUUUGACAACUUCCGGGACCAGACUUCAGGCAGUGCUGGAAAUUGUUCUCUUUACCAUAUCUUUUUUUUUUUUUAAUGUACAUAUUUACAUACAUACACAUAUGGUGAGGGAGAGAACGUGGUGACGUGAGACUCUCCCUGGAGAGUAGGAGGUAAUAAAGAAAUAAAACAGGUGUCUGAGGAGAGGUUCUACUAGGGGAGAAUAGAGAGUAACCAUCGUUCAGACAGGCAGGAGUUCUCUGCAGGUAGCAGCCUGGGAAAGUGAACUCGCGCACCCUCUUGGGGGACGGGCUCUUUUGCUUUCUAUUUCUUCUCCUGCAGCCAGGGUGCACCCGUAUUUGAAACAGACCGAAUUUCCUCCUCCAUGUGGGAUUAGGUUGACUUUUCGAGACCAGUGGAUAUUUCUUUUUAAUGACUCCAGUGCCUUUUUGUUAUUGCUGUUGUUAAGGUAGAGGGAGAAGAGAUCGGUCUAAAUUCCGGCUGGGUAGGUAGGGGAUUCUCGGCGAUGAGAAAGCCGGGACUUUGAAGCAGGAGGAAAAAGCAGCAGCCCCCCAUCCCCACUUCUCCUGUCCCCGCUACUCUCCACCCGUGACCUCCCGUGGAGACCCCAGGCGGCAGCAUCAAUAUAUGAGCGGCCCUUCCUCAGCGCGCUGCCAGCUCUGGCCGACUGGGCUCGCCAAGCAUCGCCCGCGCUGCGCCGAAGCCGACGCCCGGCCCUGCACGGGGCUUUGGAAGGACCCUCUGCGCUCGCCCCCUCCCCGGGGUGGCUGGGCUUCCGAGCUUAGGCUCGGUGCCCACCAUGCUCGCGCUGCUCUGCGCGCUGCCCUGGCUCCUGCAGGCGGCGGCGCCCGGGCACCCGGCGAAAUCCCCCAGGCAGCUCCCAGCACCUCGCCGCGACCCCCGGGACCCUGCCAGGGGCGCUGAUUUUGACCAUGUCUACACCGGGGUAGUGAGCCUCAGCACCGAGAACAUCUUCUCCUUCAACUACACCAGCCAGCCCGGCCAGGUGACUGCCGUGAGGGUGUAUGUGAACAGCUCCUCUGAGAAUCUCAACUACCCAGUCCUUGUUGUGGUUCGCCAGCAGAAAGAGGUGCUGUCCUGGCAGGUUCCUCUGCUCUUCCAAGGACUAUACCAGAGGAGCUACAACUACCAAGAAGUGAGCCGUACCUUAUGUCCCUCCGAAGCAACCAAUGAAACAGGACCCUUGGAGCAACUGAUAUUUGUAGAUGUAGCAUCCAUGGCACCCCUGGGUGCCCAGUACAAACUGCUGGUUACCAGGCUCAAGCACUUCCAGCUCCAGACAAAUGUUGCCUUUCACUUUACUGCCAGCCCCUCUCAACCUCAGUAUUUUCUAUACAAGUUUCCCAAAGAUGUGGACUCAGUUAUCAUUAAAGUGGUGUCUGAAAUGGCUUAUCCAUGUUCUGUUGUCUCAGUCCAGAAUAUCAUGUGCCCAGUGUAUGACCUCGACCACAAUGUGGAAUUUAAUGGUGUCUAUCAGUCUAUGACCAAGAAAGCUGCUAUCACACUACAGAAGAAGGAUUUUCCAGGCGAGCAGUUCUUCGUGGUAUUUGUGAUAAAGCCUGAAGAUUAUGCCUGUGGAGGAUCUUUCUUCAUCCAGGAAAAGGAGAACCAGACCUGGAAUCUACAGCGAACAAAGAACCUUAAAGUGACCAUUGUUCCUUCCAUUAAAGAGUCUGUGUAUGUGAAAUCCAGUCUUUUCAGUGUCUUCAUCUUCCUGUCUUUCUACUUGGGAUGCCUGCUUGUUGUAUUUGUUCAUUACCUGAGGUUUCAGAGAAAAUCCAUUGAUGGAAGCUUUGGGUCCAAUGAUGACUCUGGAAAUAUGGUGGCAUCUCAUCCCAUUGCUGCCAGCACACCUGAAGGGAGCAAUUAUGGGACAAUAGAUGAGUCAAGCUCCAGUCCUGGAGGGCCGAUGUCCUCCCCCGACGGUGGGCCACCGGGCCAGUCAGACACAGACAGCUCCGUGGAGGAGAGCGACUUCGACACCAUGCCAGACGUUGAGAGUGAUAAAAACAUCAUCCGGACCAAGAUGUUCCUUUACCUGUCCGAUUUGUCCAGGAAGGACCGGAGAAUUGUCAGCAAAAAAUAUAAAAUUUAUUUUUGGAACAUCAUCACCAUCGCUGUGUUUUACGCGCUACCUGUGACCCAGCUGGUCAUUACCUACCAGACAGUGGUAAAUGUCACUGGCAACCAGGACAUCUGUUACUACAACUUCCUCUGUGCUCACCCCUUGGGCGUCCUGAGUGCCUUCAACAACAUUCUCAGCAAUCUGGGCCAUGUGCUUCUGGGCUUCCUCUUCCUGCUGAUAGUCUUGCGCCGGGACAUCCUCCAUCGGAAAGCCCUGGAAGCCAAGGACAUCUUUGCUAUGGAGUAUGGGAUUCCCAAACACUUUGGUCUUUUCUACGCUAUGGGCAUCGCGUUGAUGAUGGAAGGGGUGCUCAGUGCCUGCUACCAUGUCUGCCCUAAUUAUUCCAACUUCCAAUUCGACACCUCCUUCAUGUACAUGAUUGCCGGCCUAUGCAUGCUGAAGCUCUAUCAGACCCGCCACCCCGACAUCAAUGCCAGCGCCUACUCCGCCUACGCCUCCUUCGCUCUGGUCAUCAUGCUCACCGUCCUUGGAGUGGUGUUUGGAAAAAAUGACGUGUGGUUCUGGGUCAUCUUCUCUGCAAUCCACGUUCUGGCCUCACUAGCCCUCAGCACCCAGAUCUAUUACAUGGGUCGUUUCAAGAUAGAUGUGUCUGACACAGAUAUGGGAAUUUUCCGGCGGGCUGCCAUGGUGUUCUACACAGACUGUAUCCAGCAGUGUAGCCGACCUCUGUAUAUGGAUAGAAUGGUGUUGCUGGUUGUGGGGAAUCUGGUUAACUGGUCCUUCGCCCUUUUCGGAUUGAUAUACCGCCCCAGGGACUUUGCUUCCUACAUGCUGGGCAUCUUCAUCUGUAACCUGUUGCUGUACCUGGCCUUUUACAUCAUCAUGAAGCUCCGCAGCUCCGAGAAGGUCCUCCCAGUGCCGCUUGUCUGCAUCGUGGCCACCGCUGUGAUGUGGGCUGCCGCCCUGUACUUUUUCUUCCAGAAUCUCAGCAGCUGGGAGGGAACCCCGGCUGAAUCCCGGGAGAAGAAUCGCGAGUGUAUUCUGCUGGAUUUCUUCGACGACCAUGACAUCUGGCACUUCCUCUCUGCUACUGCUCUGUUUUUCUCAUUCUUGGUUUUGUUAACUUUGGAUGAUGACCUUGAUGUGGUUCGGAGAGACCAGAUCCCUGUCUUCUGAACCUCCAACAUUAACAGGAGAGGAGGGAGCGAUCAAUCUUGGUGCUGUUUCACCAAAAUCACAGUGACUGCAGCAAAGUAACCACUGCCAGACGCUCCACUUGCCCCCUGUAGAGCCAACUCUGUGUUCACACAGGAAGGAGAGGGGCUGCAGGAGAUUUACACCUGCAAGAAGGGAGGCAGAAGGGAAGCCAUGUUGAGGACAGACGCAAACAUGAGGAGCUGAGAAACACUUGCCCCUUCCAUCUGCAGCUCUGAGUGCAACAGGGACAGAUGCUGCAUCCAAGUCAACUCGCCAUCCUGGGGUCCCUCCCACCCUCACGGAGACUUGCCAGCAAUGGCAGCAUGCUGCUGCACUCUUCCCUCCAGUUGUCGCCCUGCCCAGAAAGGCCAGCAGCUUGGAUUUCCUGCCCAGAGACUGACUUGGCCCCCUUCACACCUCUGCAACACCUGCUGCUCCAGCAGGAGUAUGUGAUUCUUUAGAAUAUGAUGGGGAGGUGACCCCAGGCCCUACUGGGAUAGAUGUUCUAGUGGCACCAGCUAGUCACCUCCCAGAAGAAACUGUAUGUUUCCCCAGGUUUGCAAUGCCAUCAGAAGGGUUCAGGAGUGGGGUUUGUCACACAUUGCUCUUACCAAGUAACUGUCACUGGGACCAAGGCCUGGGUGCUUAUAUAUUCCUUCGUGUCUUCAUCUCACUGACCUGUGUGGAUCUCAUCACACUGGCUCUGCCUUCUUGGAAAGGGCCUGUCACUCACAGAUGUCUGGCCAGCUUCAAGGCAGGGGAAACAGGAAAAGCCCUUUUAACAGCAGCAGGAACAAGAGAAAUGACUAACCAUACUAAGAGACUGGUAACAGCAGCAGCAGGCAGACAGGCCUCAUGGUAAGGGCUUGGGCUGCCACAGCAAAUUCAGCAGAGUGAGCAGUGCUUACUCGUCCCUGCCAUUCACUCAGCUCAGCUCUGUGCCCACAUCACCUUUGGGGAAGAAAUCAGUGUUCUAACCAGGAACACUACUGCAGGAGUCCUCCACAGCAAGUCCGUCAUCUGUCAUUGUAUGUAGAUCAGGGCUCUGGACUUCCUCCCUGAAGUUCUCAGAACCAGCUCUCAGGAUGAAGAUAUUGUCCUCUUCCCCUCUUCUUGCAAAAAGCACCGCUCAUUUAGUAUUGUCUCUCAGCUGCACCUGACUCUCAUUCUCUCCCCAGUAAGGUGUUGGAAAACUCAGUAUCCAGGUUCCACACGCGCUGUCUGGCAGCUCUGUGUCUGAGAAGUCCAGUAUUGGCCAGGCCCCCUUGUUGCCUGUAGUAUGAUGUAAUCAGAAAACGGAUGUAUAAAUGUGCACAUGGGUGUAUAUUUGCUUGUGAAAUUAAAGUCACCUCUCGCCUCUGCUUUCCUGACCACUCGUUAGAAAAAAUGGAUCCGGCAUUUUUUUAAAUUAUUAUUCUUUCUCUAAACUGUUUGCACUGUGUUCAAAAACCCAUUUUAGAAGUUUGAACAGCAAGCUUUUCCUGAUUUUAAAAACAUGAAGAUGCUUUCAACAAAAUAUUUUGUGAUUUUUUUUAAAGUCCCUAAAUGUGUACUUAGUCUUCUAUUAUUCUUUAUUCUUUAAGAAGUGUUGGCUUCCAUAGACCAUAUGAAGGCCACCAAUUAAAUGGUGGUGUUAAUGCAACAUGUAAAAAAAAUUUGGCAGGGCACAAUGGCUCACGCCUGUAAUCCCAACACUUUGGGAGGCUGAGGCUGGAGGAUCACUUGAGCCCAGGAGAUUGAGGCUGCAGUGAACUAUGACUGUGCCCCUGCACUCCAGCUCGGACUAGAGUGAGACCCCCAUCUCUUAAAAAAUAAAAAUAAAGAUUUGAACCUGUUU